AUGCCUUUCCCAAUGAAAAUUCAACCAGUUGAUUUCAACGUCCAAACUGAGCCACCUAUACUUGAGCCGGUGAAGCCAGUGACAAAAUCGAGGUUCAAGAGGCUUUUCGAGAGGCAAUUUUCCAGCGUUCUGAGAAUAUCAACGCAGGAAAAGGCUGCCGGCAACGGAGGCUCUGAUGAGCCUCAUCACUGUAACAAGGAUGGUCCUGAAGAAUUCGAGCCAAGCUCUGUUUGCCUUGCGAAAAUGGUUCAGAAUUUCAUCGAGGACAACAACGAGAAACCCCACAGGUGUAGCCGUAACAGAUGCAGUUGCUUUAAUAAAAACUGCUCGGACAGCUCCGAUGAGGAACUUGACUCAUUCAAUUGCUUUGGUGAUUCAACCUAUUCUCCUUCAACUGACGCACUUGAUCUUGUCAAGAGUUUGGUACCUUGUGUGUGUGUUUUUGAGAGAAAUCUGUUAGCAGACACUGCAAGAAUUGUUGAGAAAAACAAGAUCAGUAAACGAAAAGACGUUUUUUGUAGAACAAUUGUAACUGACAAUCUAAUUGCUCUUGGAUACAAUGCUUCAAUUUGCAAAUCUCGCUGGGAAAAAUCCCCCUCUUUUUCCUCAGGGGAAUAUGAAUAUGUUGAUGUGAUGAUUGAAGGGGAGAGGUUUAUAAUUGACAUUGAAUUUCCAUCAGAAUUUGAAAUUGCUAGAUCCACCAAAGCAUACAAAUCGAUUCUCCAAACACUACCUAACAUAUUUGUAGGUAAAGCUGAUCGCCUUGAGAAGAUCAUUGACAUUGUAUCAGAUGCAGCCAAAGAGAGCUUGAAGAAAAAGGGCAUGCCAUUUCCACCAUGGCGCAAGGCCGAUUAUGUUAAGGCCAAAUGGCUCUCUCCUUACACCCGAACUACUUUGGGCGUAACUGGUGAGGAAGUAAAGGAUCUGAUUACAACAAAAACAAGUUCUUGUGUCGAAUUUGAGUUGAUUUUUGGGGAGAAAUGUUCGCCUAAUGAGACUAACAACAGUGGAAACAACUCCAUUUUUACUAUCUCUAACAGUACAUCUUCAGACAAGAGCAUGACUCCAUUGAUGAAGCCAUUGGAAAUUAGGCCAAGAAGUUUGCAGAAAGGAGUGAAGAUGGUUACCGGUUUAGCUUCUGUAAUUGAAGAUAAACCAUGA